AUGAAGGGUACUCACGCGACUGGAGCUGUAGAGUACGACCUUAAGGUUCGUCCCGCACGGCAUAUGGUGUUUUAUAAACAACAGCGAUUAGAAUGGAGAGGUCAGAAAAGCCGGUAUUUUCAGUUGGCCCGAAACCACAAACACACUUCCAUACGGAUCGGCGCUAGACCAGCAAAACGCUGGAAGAGCACACGAAAAUCCUGCGUUCCCAUCGACCGUACCUACUCAGAUUUGGGGUCUGAGAGUAGGGCCGAGUGGUUGGCAGGACCGACCCGUAUAGCUGCGGGUGGGGUGGGUUAUCAACGAAUGGAUGAACUUGGUUUCUUCAUUCGAGUAAUCGAGGUUUUGAUGGAGGGGAAAGAGGAUGAGGAAUGGCAGGAAUGUGAAAAAGUUCCAUCAAGCCUCCGGCAGCAGCCUUUGUCGAAAAUUUCUCUUGUUGUCGUCGUUGAGAGAACGAUCCCAGCACUCAAGGUAGAACCGAUGCAUAGGAGCAUGGUGCUCGACUGGCGACGAGCGGAAGAGAUUGGGAUUACGAUGCGAUAG